AGUACAUCUAAUUUUUACUUAAUAGAGAGUGUACUGCUGCUCAAAGAUCACACAAUUACAUCAGAGGGCUAAUCUGAAAUCCAACAUCAAUGAUUCCCCUGAGAGCGCAGGAGCCACAACACAAUGCAAUAGCUGUUUGAUACACGGUAGAGCAAAAAGAGGAUUGUACGAUAAAUGUUUUCCUAAUUUAUAACGUCAGUGGAUUUAGAGUACACCCUGUUUGCUACUCAUCGAACAUUUUACAGUCCAAGGUAAUGAGGAAGAAAAAGGACUUUGCUCGCAGAACCUUUAUACCGUGUGCAGGUCUUGUGAUGCUGCGGAAGUGUUUCUGAUUUUCCCUGAGAGCAGACACUGACCGACAUCUGUAAGCUGCUGCACUCUGCAUCGCCAUUAAAUUGAAAGGCACACGUCCAAAUCCUUCUCUCUCACUCCCUGAGAGCUAUGCAUUAUUGAUGUCAAGGCAUUUCAUACCUGGAAUUUAUCCAAACUGUGUGCACCCGUGACCUGAUCAUGGAAUGGAAGAGCAAUAUUAGGCGUACCCAAUCGCUGAAGAGCCUCAGCUCAUGCGACAAGCCAAUCUGGACGGAUGCGGGGCUGCGGGACAAGACGACGUCAGUGUCCCAGUUAGUGGCCAGAUAUCAAACUUCAGUAAAAGGGAGUAAAUCCAUUCAGGGACCCUCAGUAGAUAAUGAUGACAGAAAGCCAAACCAGGUGCUAAAAGAGAUAACGCCAUCUCGACUGGAAAGUAGAGUGGCUGAUCUGGAGUCUCUGAUGAGGAGAAACAGCGAGAAGGAAAAGUCUCGAGCCAAAACCAAUUUGACCCGCAGCAAAUCAAUGAGCAGCCUUAAAGGCAGCACAGGGUCCAUAGAGGCCUUGAGAGCUCUGUUUGAGUCAAAGGCCUCUCUUAAAAACAAUAAACAGAGCAGCCUUAGAGCUGCAGACUUCACAUCAAAUUACACGGCAGAUGUGUCAAAGAUGAACGGAGAGGUUGAGGAUGUACAGAUCACUGCGGAGGAACAGGAAACGGAAAUGUGGGCUGAUAAAACUGAUGUGAAGGAUGAUCGUGUAACUCGAAAGGAAGUAAAUCAGACCCGGAUAGAGAGGAGAAGAACAACAGGGGGUAUUGAUUUUGAAAAAUUUGCAGCAUCUCAAGCUGAUGAAAAGAGGAGGUCAGCUGGAGACUUCAGAGACAGCUCUUUCAUCCAAGCCAAGGAGAAACUUUCUGUCUCGGUGAAAGCAAUAUCAGCUCUCUAUCUGUCCAAAGUGGGAACCAAGGAAUCAGCAAACAGUCCUGUAAAAUUGGAACGAGAAGCGUCACGUGACUUUGGGAAAAGAGUAAACCAAAUCAAGUUUCAACCGGCUUCUCGAGAGAUGUGCUCAGCAUGUCUAAAGCCAGUCUAUCAGAUGGAAAAAAUAACUGCAGACAAAUACAUUUUUCACAAAGCGUGCUUCUGCUGCAAACAUUGCAAGAAAAAAUUAAGCAUGUACAGUUACGCGCCUUUAAAUGGUGAGUUCUACUGCAUAUUUCACUACCAACAACUGUUCAGACGAAAGGGGAAUUACGAUGAGGGAUUUGGACACGCUCAACACAAGGACCGAUGGCUUUUGAAGAAUGCAGCUGAUUUGGUGCAUGAUGAAUCUGAGGCAUGAGCAGUCAGUAGAAAUCUCAGUUGAGACGGCGACAGCACAGAAACCCCUGUUGAAUCUGUGUUUGAGGCCAUCCUGUCCAAGCUUUGCAGUGUAUUCAUGUGCUUUUUGUUAAUGAAUGAUAGCGUGCUGAGACAUAACCUACAACUUAAUUGCAACGAUAGGUAACUAAUUUUAGAAACUGGGCAGGGUCUGUAGAUACUCACACAUUGUAAUCAUCUCCUUGACACUGAGCUAUUUUUGUAAAUGCACUUAAGCUUUUUGUUUUUACUUUACAGCUUUUAAAAAUAAUUCUUGUAAAUACUUCUGUAAAAUGCAAAGAAUUACUCAGAUUGACAUUAAAUUAAGAAGCUGUGUUUAAACUGCAAUAAAAAAAAUAAUCAGAAAUUAGCUUGAUUCUAUUAUUAUUGCAUAAAAGCAAUAACACUUAGGACUUUUUUUGUUGUUCUUGUUUUAUAUCAGUAAUAUAAACUAUGAUAAAGCAAAUGCAUUAGGAUUAUUAUGUCUGUACAGAUCAUAAUAAAGAGGCCACUUUCCUUCACUUUCCAUUACUGCUGAAUUGCUCACGUUGUCGGUGCUCCACUCUCCUUCCUGAGUGCUCAUAAAUUACAUUUAAAGGUGCCAUAAUGAUUCUGUUCACUAUAGCUGUGAUUAGCUCUGUGAUAUAACAUUUGAAUGAAAAUAACACUGCAUUAAAUUUUACAUGAGCACAGAGAGAGCAAAAAUAAACCAAAUAAAACCAAAAUCUUGACUCUCCUUUGGUUUUGGGAUUUGUCUAAAUUUCUCAAACUGGCAGCAGAGCCUCCUCAUCAAAGCGCUGUAUCCUCUGCUCUUAACUCCACAAAUACAUCUAAUUUCUAAUUAAUAUUUAAACCAAUACAACCAAAGGCUGUAAAAACAGUCCUCUCACUUCCUUCCCUAUUCACUUUAUCGUAGUAGGUGACAACAUCACUCAUAAACUCCACCAGUUAUAGAACAUUUAGCAAAACACCAGGUGGUAACUUGCU